GACGGAAAACCCAAAAGACAAAGCCCAGUGACUUGGCUAAGAGGGGGUUUAACACAAUCUACCAUAGCCGUCACCCUCUCCUCUCUUACUGACACAGUAAACAUGCGUCGAAUCACGUCUCCGUUCCACCUCCGUACACUCGUCCAUCGUUGCAUUUCUUCAUCAUCAGCAACCAAUCAAACUCACCACCUUCACCUUCACCUUCACCUUCCCCAACAACAACCCCUUUCCAAACCCCACUUUUUUACUUCACCAUUUUCCACCACUUUCAGAUCCUUCUCUUCUUCCCAAAAUGAUGAUAUUGAGGAAACUAAUGCUCACUCACUUUCAUCUGAGCUUGUUAAGGAACUUGAUGCUGAAUCUUUAUCCAUUCCACAAAGACUCGAUCUUUCCUUUUCACAUGUAACUUUGACCCCUUCCUUAAUCCUUACCACACUCAAUCUUUCACCUGAAGCAGGCAGAACGGUUCUUGGGUUUUUUAAUUGGGUUAAGUCUAAGGAAAGUUUCAAUCUUGAUGAUGAGGUUGUGUCUUUCUUUGUUGAUUAUUUUGGGAGGAGAAAGGAUUUUAAAGCUGUUCAUGAUGUGCUUAGUGACGGGGUUGGGAUAAAUGGAAGGAAGACGUUGGAAUGUAUGGUUGAUAGACUUGUAAGGGCUGGGAGAACUACUCAAGCUGUGGCUUUUUUUGAAAAUAUGGAGAAAGAUUAUGGGUUUGUUAGGGAUUUGGAUUCUUUGAAGUUGGUUGUUUCUAGGUUGUGUGAACAUGGUUUUGCUAGCUAUGCUGAGAAAAUGGUGAAGAGUUUGGCGAGUGAGUUCUUUCCGGAUGAAUAUAUAUGUGAUAUGUUGAUUAGGGGUUGGUGUAUUGAUGGGAAACUUGACGAGGCACAGCGGUUAGCUGGGGAGAUGUAUAGAGGUGGGUUUGAGAUUGGGACGUCUGCGUAUAAUGCUAUUCUUGAUUGUGUUUGCAAGUUGUGUAGGAAGAAGGAUCCUUUCCGGCUUCAAAACGAGGCGGAGAAUGUGUUGCUAGAAAUGGAGGAGAAGGGUGUUCCGAGGGACGUGGAAACCUUUAAUGUUUUGAUCACUAACUUAUGUAAGAUCAGGAAAACGGAGGAUGCUUUGAAUCUGUUUUAUAGGAUGGCGGAGUGGGGUUGUAAUCCCGAUGAGACUACGUUUCUCACUCUUAUUAGGAGCUUGUACCAGGCUGCUAGGGUUGGAGAGGGUGAUGAAAUGAUUGAUAGGAUGAAAUCAGCCGGAUUUGGGGAUGCGCUUGAUAAGAAGGCGUAUUAUGAGUUUUUGAAAAUAUUAUGUGGGAUUGAAAGAAUCGAUCAUGCUUUGAGUGUCUUUGCUAAGAUGAAAGAAGAUGGUUGCCAGCCGGGGUUAAAGACAUACGACUUGUUGAUGGGAAGGCUGGUUGCUCAUAAUCGUGUUGACAAAGCAAAUGCACUUUAUAAGGAAGCCGAGAGCAAUGGGUUGGCAGUUGAGCCAAAGGCCUAUAUGGUCCAUCCUAGAUUUGCAAAGAAGAAACCUACUGCUGUGAAGAAGGAGAAGAAGCGGUUGACAUUGCCUGAGAAAAUGGCUAGAAAGAGGACAAAGCUAAAGAAAAUCCGCCUAAGUUUUGUGAAGAAGCCUAAGAAAAUGGCCCGCCGAGCAUUUUAAUCGCUUCUGUGUUGGUUGAUUUUGAGAGAGAUUUUCCAGUGGUAUGCUGAAAGUUUUUCCUCCUUGUUUUGAUAUGUCUUGACAACAGUAGAAAUAAAAAAAUUUGGCUAACAGCAAUGCCCGCUCCUUUAUGUUUUAUUGCUUUUUAAAUUUGUAACUCAUGAAUGAAUUUAUAUUUUUGUAUCUCAUGAAUUGGCUUAGAACUAUAAAUUCUGAAUGUGUCUAUUCUUACUA